UCUCUCACAGAUCCAUCCUUCCGUCCCUUGGAAAUACAAAGGACUUCUCUGCUAUUCUCAAUUUUUAUCCUAAAACGCUUAAAAAAAAAAAAAACCAACUAAAAAGAUGGCGAGGAGACCGGACGAGGAAUACGAUUACUUGUUUAAGGUAGUACUAAUCGGCGAUUCUGGCGUUGGAAAAUCUAAUUUGCUUUCUCGAUUUACUCGGAACGAGUUUUGCUUAGAAUCUAAAUCUACCAUCGGCGUCGAAUUCGCCACCCGCACUCUCCAAGUUGAAGGGAGGACUGUGAAAGCUCAGAUAUGGGACACUGCUGGUCAGGAACGGUACAGAGCAAUAACCAGUGCUUACUAUAGAGGUGCUCUUGGAGCUCUUCUGGUGUACGAUGUUACCAAGCCAACGACUUUUGAAAAUGUGAGCCGAUGGCUGAAAGAACUCAGGGACCAUGCAGAUUCUAACAUUGUAAUUAUGAUGAUUGGGAACAAGACUGAUCUGAAGCAUCUCCGGGCAGUUGCCACAGAGGAUGGUCAAAGCUAUGCCGAGAAAGAAGGCCUUUCAUUUAUUGAGACAUCUGCACUAGAAGCAAUAAAUGUUGAGAAGGCUUUCCAGACCAUUCUGUCUGAAAUAUACCGCAAAAUUAGUAAGAAGUCACUUUCUUCAGAUGAGCCAGCACCAGCAAGUGUUAGAGAAGGGAAGACCAUUGAUGUUGGAGCACCCGAAGCCAACACCAAAAAGGCUUGCUGCUCAUCAUCUUGAACAUGUUACAAUUUUCAUUCCUUUCUUUUGUGUAAUCAAUGUGUUGUAUUGUCAAGACAUUCUUGUUGUUGCUAUUACGUUAUUUUGUAUCAUUACAAACAUUUGAACUAUUCAUGUUCUUGUGUUGUUGCAAGUUUUUGAUUAUUUUGA